UGGCUGCGCGUCUGCGCUGCAGCACGAAAUCCCAGAAAUCGGUGCCCUUCGCCUCGGUCCAUCCCUGUGGAAGCAGUUUAAAAACAUUCUACAGCAGCCUUGCUACCUGCGGGUUCCCCAAGAUCAGUGCUGGAUUUAUCUGGGUUUGUAGGGAAAAUAUUUUUAAAAUUAGAGAAGCCAUAGGUAAGUUAGGAAGAGUGGAGCACUAGGUACAUACAAUGACAACAGAGAGUCACAGUAAUUUGGAAAUUGUUAGGUGGUUUUAUGCUUAUGAUUUUAAUAUGGGAAGGGUUAAAGCGGAAUGAAGACUUGCUUGAAUGCAUGAGUAUCAGCUGAUGCUAUUUUAACAAUUUCAACUCUUCCAGGUUUUCACCUGAGGCAGUUGUUGAACAAAGGAGGAAAGAGGCUUAGACUUUGUGUGAGAAAGGUGCUAGGUUGCUAUGCCAAGCCAUUGCAUGGGAGCAGAGAAACAUUCUGUCUUCCCUCACACCCUUUUUGAAAAGGACCGGAGACCGCUGGAGAGUGUACGAGGGUGUACAUUGACAGAAGCUGAGCAAGCGUGAUGCGCUGAGCAAGGACCGUAUGAGGAGCGUUAUGUUAUAGACAGUAAUGUGUUUGACAAGAUAAUAGAGUAUGUUACAGCAUAGAGGAAUAUCCUGACUUUAAUCAAACAGGAAUAUGAGGCAUUUAUUUACUGUAGCUGGACACCCUCCAAUUCAGCCAUAACUCUGUGAGCAGUCAAAUGUGCAUUGUCUGAAAAGCAAUGACAUCUAGUAGCACAUUGGGUUAAACAGCAAAGGUACAUGCCUCUUUUGAAAUAUUCCAAAGUUACGGGACACAUUAGUAACACUGUUCUGUUACAUUACCUUGUUUUCUUCAGGUUAACCUUUCCUGAGGCAGUAGGAGAUACUAUUUAUGAUUGUGGGAAAGUGGAACCAAGCAAGGAGUCAAAAUACCUGGCUUUGGCUCAGGUUGUGUUUGGUCAGUUUGGCGCGCACAAAAAAGUUGCUCUGUGCAUAUGUAAAGGGGGUGAAUUUCUGGAGCAAUGGAUUAAGCAACUGAAGCAUUUUUCUUUAGACCGUUUGUGCAAUAUGCUUAAUAUGAAUUGUACAAAGCUUAUUAGGGCAAAUGCAGGAUCUGUAAAUGUGGUUGGUUUUGUUUGUUUGUUUUUCUUUUUAGAUGCGUUAAAACAGGUUCUGAAUGAUGCUGCCUGUACUUUUAAAGACUGGAAUAAGAUAGCAGUUGCUUGUUCAGAAAAUAAGCAUGAAAAUUUAUCUCAGAAAAUCGUGUCGAUUCUCACCUCGCAGGAUGGAGUGUUUGAAAAUUCACUACUUGAAGAUAAAGAUGGAAGGAUAAUGGAACGUGUUUUCUGGGAGUUGUUCUGCGCAACAACAGAGGGAGCUCUUACAGCAGUCAAGUAAAGAAGUCUCCUAGCUCUUUGUAUGAACCAUAGUAAACACUAAGCAUGUGGAAACAAUGCAUGCAAUUAUUUACCAUCAAAUUUCAGGGUUUUGUCCCUUUUAAUGUCUCAGAAUGAGUGCAUGUUUGUAUUUCGUUUAACUGGCAAUGUAUUCUCAGUGUAGAAGGAAGUGGGUGUGUUGUACUCUGGAAUGGUGUGGUAGGGUGAUGGUAUGCAUGUGCUUUCCAUCCUGUUCUCCGCUUCAGUACAUCGUGUCUGUCCUUCAUUGCUGGAGGGAGAUACUGCCAGGCGUUUAGAAUCGGCGUGGGUAAGGGAAGCUCCUCCGAGUGUAUCACUGUUCUGAGGGAGCUGAACAAAGGGCGUUGUGCAUUGCAGACGUACCCUCAUGCCUUGGUCUUUUGGGUUUUUUUUCUGAUAGGC